UUCAUCAGGUUAUCUGCACCAAACUCCCUCCCUACAGAUGGUCUGGUUCAUCAGGUUAUCUGCACCAAACUCCCUCCCUACAGGUGGUCUGGUUCAUCAGGUUAUCUGCACCAAACUCCCUCCCUACAGAUGGUCUGGUUCAUCAGGUUAUCUGCACCAAACUCCCUCCCUACAGGUGGUCUGGUUCAUCAGGUUAUCUGCACCAAACUCCCUCCCUACAGAUGGUCUGGUUCAUCAGGUUAUCUGCACCAAACUCCCUCCCUACAGAUGGUCUGGUUCAUCAGGUUAUCUGCACCAAACUCCCUCCCUACAGAUGGUCUGGUUCAUCAGGUUAUCUGCACCAAACUCCCUCCCUACAGAUGGUCUGGUUCAUCAGGUUAUCUGCACCAAACUCCCUCCCUACAGAUGGUCUGGUUCAUCAGGUUAUCUGCACCAAACUCCCUCCCUACAGGUGGUCUGGUUCAUCAGGUUAUCUGCACCAAACUCCCUCCCUACAGAUGGUCUGGUUCAUCAGGUUAUCUGCACCAAACUCCCUCCCUACAGAUGGUCUGGUUCAUCAGGUUAUCUGCACCAAACUCCCUCCCUACAGAUGGUCUGGUUCAUCAGGUUAUCUGCACCAAACUCCCUCCCUACAGAUGGUCUGGUUCAUCAGGUUAUCUGCACCAAACUCCCUCCCUACAGAUGGUCUGGUUCAUCAGGUUAUCUGCACCAAACUCCCUCCCUACAGAUGGUCUGGUUCAUCAGGUUAUCUGCACCAAACUCCCUCCAGACAGAUGGUCUGUCAGGCUCUGCAGGCUACAACAGACAGAAGACAUGUACAUUUCUCACCCUGAACAUGGCCAGUAUAUAUAGCCUUGUUGAUUUGAUGAUGUUUAAAUUGAUAUGGUGCUGGAAUAGCGGAGGCGCCUGUUGUCUUUGUGGUAACAAAUCAGUGGUUGUUUAAUAAACUGUUGAAAACGACAACUUGAUUGAAUGUGGACUUCACCGGACAGAUAUUCCUCUGCGGUUUUGUGAUGAAACAAAUGUAUUAGCGAUUUACAGUAUUGAA